GGAGCUCACCACCGCUAUUUCUCCUCGGCACUUCUACUUUUUUAAUAAUAGAAACGUUGUUAUAACCUUCGUCUGGUGUGUGAUAGCAUCUAGGACUAAGCCCGGUCGGUUGUCAUCUGGUGUGUUGAAUACCUCGGUAUUUAGCAAGUUUCAUCUUGACUGGCCGACAAGCAUCUAGAUACUAUUAUCGGCUUGAAACUUCAUCCCAAGGCCUCCGAGGAAUUAAGCAUAUGUUAUGAUCUCACGGUGUUCCCCACAAAAAUAAAUGACGUUCCUGGUUGUCGGGUUCAACUUUGAAGAUAUAAAGUCAAGAUGAUUUCCUUUCAACGCAAUUUCUCUCAUCACUGAUCAUCGUCUAUACAUUCUUUCACUGAUAUCUUCACUAAUCCUUCUAUUCUCAUUCGACUACUCAUUAUUCAUUGUACAAAAUAUCAAUACAUCAAUUUCAAAAUGAAGACCUCAGCUCAACAACUCUUGUCCGCUCUCCUCCUUCCUCUCUCCGUCUUAGCCGCUCCAACAGGUUCCAUUGAAGCUAGAGCAUGCUCAGAUGUGACGGUCAUCUUUGCCCGUGGAACGACUGAGACUGGAACUCUCGGUACUGUAGUCGGACCACCCUUCCUCGCCGCUCUCAAAUCUGCUCUUGGGUCAUCUUCAGUCACCAUGAAUGGUGUCGACUACCCAGCAGAUGUUCCAGGAUUUUUGCAAGGAGGCGAUCCUGCUGGCAGUCAGACUAUGGCCACAAUGGUCACAUCAACCUUAUCCAGCUGCCCAGACACAAAACUCGUCAUCUCUGGCUACUCCCAAGGUGGCCAACUCGUACAUAACGCCGCCAAACUUUUACCAGCCGAAACAACAGCUAAAAUCAGCUCUGCCGUUAUCUUCGGUGACCCAGACAAUGGAGAUCCAGUCCAAGGUGUCUCAGCCGAUAGAACAGAUAUCAUUUGUCACGCUGGAGAUAACAUCUGUCAAGGCGGAAGCUUGAUCUUACUGGCUCAUCUGACUUAUGGAAUGGAUACGACGGCAGCAGCGGCAUUUGUUAAGAAAGCAGCCGGAUUGUAGGGCGGAUGAGUAUCCGCAGUGCGGAUUGGAUUGGAUGGAGUUACUUGGAAUGAUAUGAUACGACAUGGGCAGCCCUUCAUUCUCGAAAUUGGGCAUGGAGUUUUUACGUUUCUGGCAGUAAAGGCUUUUCUGGUACAUUUUACUUCUUUUCUCCCUACUGGAACUUUCCUGGCUCUUCUUUUCCUGUUAGGCAAACAGCACUUCAAUUGGGAUGAGCUAUCUCGACUGUAGAGAUUCUCGUCAGACGGUAUUGGAUUGGCUAGGCCAGUAGGGGGUUUACUUAUAUUUCGCUUCCUUGCUUGCAGGUCAGCAUUUUUAUUUUACACACAUCAAAUAUCAAAUAUCAAAAGGCUGGUUCGAGAAUGGUUUAUAAUCUGAAUUGACAUUCUCUGCGAAUCGUUUAUGACUUGUGAUUUGA